AUGAAGAAAGGUGGUGUUCCUCUUUUGUUGAGUAUCAUCUUCCUGACUCUGAUUGGAGGUCAAGGAACCCCAAUAAUGAGGAAUAGACGCUGUUCCUGCAUCACCACCAGCCAAGGAACAAUCCAGUCAAAAUUCCUAAAGGACAUUAAACAAUUUGCCCCAAGCUCUUCUUGUGAAAAAACUGAAAUCAUUAUGACUAUGAAUAAUGGGCAUCAAACAUGUCUAAACCCAGAUUCAGCAGAUGUGAAAGAAUUAAUUAAAGACCAGGAAAAACAGGUCAUCAGCCAAAAGAAAAAGCAAAAGAAAGGGGAAAAAUAUCAAAGAAGCAAGUUUUAA